AUGAACCAGAAGGCGACUCUGGUGCUCCUCGCUCUGGCUGUCAUCACCAUCUUCGCCUUGGUUUGUGUGCUGUUAGCUGGUAGGGGCGGGGAUGGGAGUGAUAACAGUGGGCCUCUCCACUGCUCCUCUGAGUCCCCCAGUGCCCAGCCCUGGACACAUUCUGUCCAGAGCCAGCUGUUUGCAGACCUGAGCCGAGAGGAACUGACUGCCGUGAUGAGCUUUCUGACCCAGAAGCUGGGGCCUGGGCUGGUGGAUGCAGCUCAAGCUCGACCCUCAGACAACUGUGUCUUCUCAGUGGAACUGCAGCUGCCCCCAAAGGCAACAGCCCUGGCCCACCUGGACAAGGGGAAACACCCACCACCCAGGGAGGCCCUCGCCAUCAUCUUGUUUGGUGCACAAACCCAGCCUAAUGUGAGUGAGCUGGUGGUGGGCCCACUGCCUCACCCAUCCUAUGUGCGGGAUGUGACUGUGCAGCGCUAUGGGGGACCCCUGCCCUACCACCGACGGCCAGUACUGAUGCAGGAGUACCAAGAUAUAAACAAGAUGAUCUACGAGAGAGAACUGCCCCAGGCCACUGGCCUCCUCCACCACUGUUGCUUCUAUGAACACCAGGGAAGAAAUCUGGUGACAUUGACCACAACACCUCGUGGUCUGCAACCAGGAGACCGGGCCACUUGGUUUGGCCUCUACUACAACAUCUCAGGGACUGGGAUAUAUCUGCAUCCUGUGGGCUUGGAGCUUCUGGUGGACCACAAGGCUCUGAACCCUGCUCACUGGACCAUCCUGAAGGUGUUCUACCAAGGCCGCUACUAUGAUAGUCUGGCCCAGCUAGAAGACCAGUUUGAGAUGGGCCUGGUGAAUGUCGUGCUGGUCCCAAACAAUGGCACAGGUGCCUUCUGGUCCCUCAAGCCCCAGAUACGCCCAGGUCCAGCUCCUCCUCUGCAGUUUUACCCACAGGGCCCCCGCUUCAGUGUCCAGGGGAGCCAAGUGGUCUCUUCACUGUGGACUUUCUCCUUUGGCCUUGGAGUUUACAAUGGCCCAAGGGUCUUUGACGUUCGCUUCAGGGGAGAACGGCUAGCUUAUGAGAUCAGCCUCCAAGAGGCCAUAGCAAUCUAUGGUGGAAACACUCCAGCAGCGAUGUUGACCCACUAUUUGGAUGGCACCUUUGGCAUGGGCAAGUAUGCCACACCCCUGACCCGUGGAGUGGACUGCCCCUACCUGGCCACCUACAUGGACUGGCACUACCUUUUGGAAUCCCAGACCCCCAAGACACUACGUGAUGCCUUCUGUGUGUUUGAACAGAACCAGGGUCUCCCCCUUCGGCGACACCACUCGGAAUACUACUCUAACUACUUUGGGGGCCUUGUAGAGACAGUCUUGAUUGUCAGGUCUGUGUCUACCUUGCUCAACUACGACUAUGUGUGGGAUACAAUCUUCUAUCCGAAUGGGGCUAUCGAAGUCAAAUUUCAUGCCACAGGCUACAUCAGCUCAGCAUUCCUCUUUGGUGCAGGCAAGAGGUACGGGAACCAAGUUGGGGAGCACACCCUGGGCACUGUCCACACCCACACUGCCCACUACAAGGUGGAUCUGGACAUAGCAGGACUGGAGAAUUCGGUCUGGACUGAGGAUAUGGCCUAUGUUCCUGCGGAGGUACCCUGGAGCCCCGAGUCCCAGGUGCAGAGGAUGCAGGUGACCCGGAAAAAGCUGGAGACUGAGGAGCAGGCUGCCUUUCGCCAGGGAAAGCCGGCACCUCGCUACCUGUACCUGGCCAGCAAACACAACAAUAAGUGGGGUCACCCGAGAGGCUACCGCAUCCAGAUAAUCAGCUUUUCAGGGGAGCCACUGCCCCAGAACAGCUCCACCGAGGGAGCCUUCAGCUGGGGAAGGUACCAGCUGGCUGUGACCCAGAGGAAGGAGGAGGAGCCCAGUAGCACCAGCGUCUACAAUCAGAAUGACCCUUGGACUCCAACCGUGGACUUCACAAACUUCAUCAACAAUGAGACCAUUGAUGACAAGGACUUGGUGGCCUGGGUGACAGCUGGCUUCUUGCAUGUCCCACAUGCUGAGGACAUUCCCAACACAGUGACUGUGGGCAACGGUGUAGGCUUCUUCCUCCGACCUUACAACUUCUUUGAUGAGGACCCCUCCUUCUACUCUGCAGACUCUAUCUACUUCCAGGAAAACCAGGAUGCAGAGGCCUGUGAGGUCAAUCCGCUGGCUUGCCUCUCGCAGACGGCUGCCUGUGCCCCAGACCUCCCUGCCUUCUCUCAUGCAGGCUUCUCACACAACUAG